AUGCUAGACAAAGAUGGAAUGGAAGUACCGGCUACUAUUCUAUCAUUUUGUACAUUCUAUUUGCAUCCAACAUUUGAAAACCCAGUAAGAAAGAUAAGUACUAUUCCCUUCACACUAGAAGAAAGUGGAUGGGGUGAAUUCGACAUGAAAAUUGUUUGCCAUUUUAAAGGAAAAGCUGGUCAAUUUUCAAUAUAUCAUGAUUUGUCAUUCGCAGACAAUGCGUAUGCAGUGGAUUAUACGAUAGAUGUACCGUAUUAUUUACCUGAAUUUAGACCCUUUUUGGAGAAAGACUUUGACUUACCAGCAAUUGACGCUGACCCGGAACCAUACAAGGGAGGAACCAAAUGGCUACGUGAAGUUCCCUUUCUAGACGAAGAUCAAGUGACAGAAUUUGUUCAAAAAAUACUAAAUAAUAGUGCUGUUCAAUCAGAGGUUGAGAAACGUGACAAAAUGGAUACAUUUUACAUGUAUUUGGGGCAAUUACCAGAUGAUCUGAUUGAUGAACUUGGCUACUUCAUACAAAAUAGAGGAAUGGAAGAUUCAAAUGAUUCAAAAGCGCAACUCAAACAAGAAGAUGAUAGUGAAAUUUUUGGGGACAUAUGA